AUGUGGGAAGCAUGCCCUGUGAACGAUCCCUUGAGUCCCUAUGCCUUGCAUAUAGUUCUAAUUGAUGCUGAGGGUGACAAAAUUGAAGCCAUUGCUCGGAAGGGUCUGAUGUCCAAAUUCAAGAGCAAGCUCUGUGAAGGCAAAGUUUACACCAUCACUUAUUUCUCAGUUCUUUCAAACAGUGGCGGAUUUAUGGCUUCUGAGCAUGAUUACAAGAUUAUGUUCAAUGAAAAAACUAGGGCUGCGGAAACUGCAAUUGAGGAAUCUAUUGGGGUUGUGUAUAAGUCAGUGGACUCAACUAUUCCAAAGAAAUUUCCUAUAGGUAUUUUCUGUGAUAUUGUGUGUGUUUUGAAGUUUCUCACUUUGCAAAUAGGAAACUGCAAGUGUGGAACCAAGUCUUGCACCCCAUGUGUUAUCGCUGCUGCUACCAUUGUCUCUUUUUGCUGUAGCCUGAGGUUCAAGAUCGUUGUUGUGCUCGGGUCUAAUUAUGCAGAGUUUGUUUCUGCACUUUGA